AUGAUCUAUCACAUAACCGAUCAGCACGGAAACCAGCUUGCUGCCAUCAGAGAGUAUGCCACUGUGCCCGGUGGAUUUGGGCUAACCCAGUUUUGUUUCAUAUCCGCUUGUGUCAUCCUCAUCGCGACGGCCAGGGCCGCCCCGGUAGAACCAGCGCACUACAGUUUCGUGGCCGAGCAUCCACAUUACGAGCACUUGUCUCAUGCCAUUCCCGAAGUUCACUAUCCAGUCCAGCUAGUCGGAGCACAUGAUCAGCAUGCCUAUGUCGAAGUGCCCCAAAAUUAUAUUGUCGAAUCCCAUGAUCUAGGCGGUUACCAAGGACACAGUGCCGAAAGCUACGUUGACAGCAAUACCUACCAUGGCGGAUACAGUUCCCUUUAUGGUGGUUCUAAUCAAGGUCACCUGUACACUUCCGGAGGGCAAGGAGCGUACGCUAACAAAUACAAUGAUUACUAUGCUUAUCCCAAGUACAACUUCGAAUAUGGUGUCGACGAUCCCCACACCGGAGAUCACAAGAAACAGUGGGAAUCCCGUGAUGGAGAUGUGGUUAAAGGAGGAUAUAUGUUCAAGGAAGCCGACGGUACAACCCGCGUAGUUGAAUAUACUGCCGAUGACCACAACGGCUUCAACGCGGUUGUGAAAAACAUUGGUCACGCCGAUCAUCCGGUUGUUCACGCCCAGCCCGCUGAAAACUACUACGGACAGCUGGGUAACUACGCAGGAGCAUACGCUACUGGAGACUAUUACGGCAAAGGAGCUACCAGCUACACCAAAGUUUGGAGGCAGCAUUAG